GGGCACACAUUCGCUCAAUGGACCCAGUCUAUAUGACAUUCCGACCGAUUCUGAGAAUGAAGCCGAGGUGGAUGAGUUGGAUUCAGACUCGGAGGUGGAUGUAGAUAUGGAUGCGAACACAUCUAAUGCUGGCCCGAAGAAGGGAGCCCGCAGGUCUGGAGAACGCACUCCUGGGACCACUCUGUUGCCCUCAACGCGUCUUGACAACAUAUUGCAAGGGGAUGGUGUCACUGGUAACCUCAUAAUGUCAAAAGAAGCAUCAUUCGUGCUUUCAAUCGCUACAGAGGAAUUUAUAAAGAGAAUGGCCCAAGCAGGUCAGCGUCAAGCAGCUGCAGCACGGCGGAAUACCGUGGUCUAUAAAGAUAUGGCAUCAUCCAUCCAACAAUAUCAAGAAUUCAUGUUUCUCGAAGAUAUCAUUCCGCGGCCCAUAUCGCUUUCAGAAGCAUUGGCCAGACGAGCACAAAAGGAGAAAGAGCGUCUUGAGGAAGACCCAGCUCUAGCUUCUGUUCCACAAGACCUGCCACCACCAUCUGUCUCCGUAUCCCACGCAGCACAAGCCAAGGGUAAAGGCAAGAGUAAAGCAGCGAACGGUAAAGAGAGAGACACCGAAAAAACGAGCUCCACGAGCCAAAA